UUAUUGGAAUCUGUGUAAAGUGCUUUGUUUCAUGUGCAGCUUUAAGCAGCAGUUUUUUACAUAAAUUAUUGGACAAGUCAAUAUGUUACGCACAUUCGCUGGAAAUAAACGAUUCACCGAAAAAAUUGGUGUGCUGUUGAGUCGUCAACACACAACACACCACACAAGAGCACGAUCUUCCACGCCAAUAAACACCAUCGUUAUGUUUGUGCCACAGCAAGAGGCAUGGAUUGUUGAACGUAUGGGACGAUUUCAUAGAAUAAUGGAUCCUGGCCUUAACAUUUUAGUUCCUCUUAUCGAUAAAAUAAAAUAUGUGCAAAGUCUGAAAGAAAUAGCAAUAGACGUACCAAAACAAAGCGCCAUUACAUCAGACAAUGUAACUUUAAGCAUAGAUGGUGUACUCUAUUUGCGUAUCAUAGAUCCUUACCGAGCUUCGUAUGGUGUUGAAGAUCCAGAAUUUGCUAUAACACAACUCGCACAAACCACUAUGCGUUCCGAAUUGGGUAAAAUGUCACUAGAUAAAGUUUUCCGAGAAAGAGAGUCGCUGAAUAUUAGCAUUGUGGACUCCAUCAAUAAAGCUAGUGAAGCAUGGGGUAUUGCUUGUUUACGUUAUGAAAUCCGUGAUAUACGUUUGCCAACACGAGUACAUGAAGCAAUGCAAAUGCAAGUCGAGGCGGAAAGGCGUAAACGUGCUGCUAUUUUAGAGUCUGAAGGUGCACGUGAAGCUGAUAUCAAUAUAGCUGAGGGUAAAAGAAAGGCAAGAAUCUUAGCAUCUGAAGCAGAACGUCAGGAGCAUAUUAACAAAGCUAGUGGUGAAGCUGCUGCAAUGUUAGCUGUGGCCGAUGCUAGAGCUCGUGGCUUACAAAUUAUUGCUAAAUCCUUAGCGGAUAUGGAUGGAAAGAAUGCCGCGUCACUAACAUUGGCCGAGCAGUAUAUCACAGCAUUUAAAAAUUUAGCCAAAACCAGCAAUACUUUAAUACUUCCAUCAAAUCCAGGAGAUGUAUCAUCAAUGGUAGCUCAAGCACUUAGCGUGUAUAACACAGUUGGGCAAGCAAGUUAUCUAGGCAGCGCUCCUGGCGUUCCACUUUCAAAAUCCAAGACUAUCAACACCAAAACGAAAGUAUGUACACCAGAUAAGCUUGAAAAUAUCGUUUCAAAAAUGGAUAUUGAAUAAAAUUAUGUGGAAGCUUUCGGAUUUAAGGAAUUUAUUCUAGUGGAAUACAAACAGAAAGUGCGUUUCUGGAUUGCCAGUUUAAUUUUGUUUUGGAACUUUAAUGUAAAUAUUGUACAAUUAAGUAAAAGUAAAAGUUUCUGUAAUUGUUUGAAUAUAAAGAAAGGAAAUAAAUGAAAGAAUUCUUAAAUACAG